AUGAUGGUUCACCUCACGCUGAAAUCUCAUCUAAUAAAGGAAGAAUUACUUUGGCAUGCUUUAUCUCCGUCCUAUAGUUGCCGAUACCACGGUAGAUAA